AUGGGAAAUACAACAAGCACAUCCGCAGGCCAAUGCCUGUUGUCGGCAGUAGGGGGUAAUCCAGCCCUGGUCGCCUUCCAGAAUGCGCCGCUCUACCAAGCCGUCGACGUGAGACCCUACAACCUCGAUGUUCCAGUUACGCCAGUUGCAGUCACUACCCCGGAGACGGUGGACCAGGUAGCAUCCAUAGUGAAGUGCGCUGCGGAUGCCGGGUAUAAGGUUCAACCCAAGAGUGGAGGCCAUAGUUAUGGAAAUUAUGGACUUGGUGGCGUCGAUGGAGAGGUCGUCGUGGAUCUGAAGAACUUCCAGCAGUUCUCAAUGAACAAUGAAACAUGGAGAGCGACAAUUGGAGCCGGUACCCUCCUUGGCGACGUCACGACGCGUCUAUACAAUGCUGGAGGGAGAGCCAUGGCUCAUGGAACCUGUCCACAGGUUGGUAUCGGUGGGCAUGCAACCAUUGGAGGACUGGGCCCUACGUCGCGAUUAUGGGGAGCAGCACUCGACCACAUUGAAGAAGUCCAGGUUGUUUUGGCCAAUUCUAGCAUUGUGAGGGCUUCCCAGACAGAGAACCCUGAUCUUCUUUUCGCCUUGAAGGGUGCUGGUGCCAGCUUUGGCAUCAUCACCGAGUUCACCGUCAGGACGGAGCCGGCGCCAGGUGAAGCCGUACAGUACUCUUAUACUUUCAACUUCGGAGAUAAUGCCUCAAAAGCGAAGACCUUCAAGGACUGGCAAGCCUUUGUCUCCACGCCCAACCUGAACCGCAAGUUUGCAGCUACUAUGACCGUUUUGGAGGACGCUAUAGUCGCGUCAGGAACAUUUUUCGGUACGAAAGAGGAGUUCGACGCAUUCGAACUCGAGAGUCAUUUCCCGGAAAAUCAAGGCUCCAAUGUCACCGUGGUCCAGGACUGGCUGGGUCUGGUCGCAGACUGGGCAGAAGAUGCUGCCCUCGAGGGCGGCGGUGGCGUCCCUUCUGCAUUCUAUGCCAAAUCCCUCAAUUUCAGCCCAGACACACUCAUUCCUAAUGACACUAUUGACGACAUGUUCGACUACUUCAGUACAACGGAAAAGGAUGCACUGUUGUGGUUCGCCAUCUUUGACUUGUCUGGCGGUGCAGUCAGCGAUGUUCCUGUCCAUAGCACAUCGUAUACCCACCGUGACACCCUGUUUUGGCUACAAUCAUACGCCAUUUCCGUUGGACCUGUAUCCAAUACGACGAUACAGUUCCUUGACGGUCUCAGUAACCUUCUUACCAGUUCCCAGCCCGAGGUCCAUUUUGGCGCCUAUCCAGGAUACGUCGACCCAAAGCUGCCUGACGGACAACUCGCCUACUGGGGUUCCAACUUGCCGAAGCUGGAACAAAUCAAAGCAGAAGUCGAUCCUAACGAUGUUUUCCACAACCCUCAAAGCGUGAAGCCAGCCAAACAGUGA